UCAGCCCUCCGGCAGAGUUAACAGCACCCUGAACACUGUUUACAACACCGGUAAAUACUUUUUAAGUGGAGAGGUAACUCAACUUGUCACCUACCCGGUUUUAACUCGUAGUGUGUUGACUUAAAAGCAGCCUGCGGUUAGCUAACUGCUCGUCAGCUAGCAUGCUGCUGUGUCAUCACAUCUCACUUUUGGAUUAAUUUGAUCUCGUCAUGACUGAGUUAAGAUGUCGGAAAACAGAAACUUUGGAGGGGAAUAAAGAGGAGAAUGAGGAACCAGGUGAGCUGCACACCACACGUGUGACCACGGAAGAUGAUGAGGGGAGUGUGGCGAGUGGUGAGGCAGAUGAUAAGCAGCUGAGAGAUGAAGGUGAAAAAGAGGAGGAUGCUCAACCUAAAGAGGAAGAAGGAUCGAGCAAAAACGAGCCAUCUGUCAAAAAAUGCAAGAGCUCCUCUACAUCGGCGUUUCUGCAGCGUCUGGUGAGGGUGUUCUUCGGGUGUCUGGCAGCAGUGGCUUGUGGUAUGCUUUAUGCAGGCUAUCUGUCCGCGUACCAUGACAGGAAGUUCUGGUUUUCGACUAGACAGGAUCUGGAGCGUGAAAUCACCUUCCAAGGAGGCAGUGGGCUCUAUUAUUAUUACUACAAGCACAUGGUGUCAGCAUCGUCUUUUGAAAGAGGUUUCUAUGAGCUGAUGAUAGAUAACAGGACUGUUUCAGGACACACUAUCAAUGUGGUGGAGCGUCUGUUUCUGUACCCAGAGCUCAUCACAAGCUUUAUAUAUAGAGUCACAGACAGCCAGGAUUUUGUGGAGCCAAUCUAUUUCUAUAUUGGAGCGGUUUUUGGCCUCCAGGCGGUCUACGUCACGGCCCUCUUUGUGUGUAGCUGGGUGAUGAGUGGCACCUGGGUGGCUGGCAUGUUGGCCGUGGCCUGGUAUGUUAUCAACAGAACAGAUACAACCAAAUUGGACCAUGCUAUACCUCUUCGGGACAACUGGGCUCUGCCGUACUUUUCUUGUCAGGUGGCAGCUUUGACUGGAUUCCUUAGAAACAACAUCAGCUCUGCUACCGAGAUGUUUUGCUAUCUUACCAUGAGUGCCACCACCUUCACCUUCCUCCUGGUCUGGGAACACAGCCACUAUGUGCUCUUCAUCCAAGGCCUCUGUGUUUUCCUGCUUGACUCUUUUGACCUGGUGCCACCACGUAAGAUGGCUGACAUUCACAAGGUGUACGUCAGCUCUUUGUUCCUGGCCUACUUGUUUCAGUUUCAGAAUCAGAACCUGCUCAGCUCACCUCUGCUCAGCCUACUGAUUGGCUCAGUGCUCGCGAGGUACUUCCAGCAAAAAAUGAAGAAGGGACCUCUUGUGGCCAGAGUAAUGAAGCUCUUCCUACAUUUCCACCUCGUCUUCACCACAGGGAUUACCUUCAGUUAUUUAGUCAAGAAACUUCUACCUGUAAGCGAAAGUGACUUCAUAUUGAAGUUCCUUGAAGUAAAAUUUGGUCUCAACACAACAACUGACUUCGUUACCAACUUCCUCCUGUGCCAAGAGAGUUUCCAGACACCGAGUCAGGACUUAUUUCUACGACUCACCCAGGCCUCAGUCCUUCCCUUCUACCUCCUGGUGCUCUCAGUGUGCCUGCUGUCCACCCUGCAGACCAUUUACAGAAGACUCAGUGGCCAGCCAAUGAAAACCAACCUCCGACUAGAAGAUGGACGAAUAGGAGAGCAGCCUGAGGUCAUCUAUCAUGUUUUUCACACAUUGCUUUUUGGAGGCCUGGCUAUGCUGUUUGAUGGGAUGAAGUACUUAUGGACCCCGUACGUCUGCAUGUUUACGGCUUUCGGUGUGUGUUCUCCAGACAUCUGGAUGACUGUGUUCAAGUGGCUCAAACUGAGGACCAUACACCCUGUUGUACUGUCUCUGAUCCUGAGCACAGCCGUUCCUACCAUCAUUGGUUUCAGUUUGUGGAGAGAGUACUGUCCCCGAGUCUUAGCAGAGCUGUCUGAUCUGCAGGAGUUCUAUGACCCUGAUACUGUCGAGCUGGUCAGCUGGAUCAGGACUCAGGUUCCAGCGGCAGCGGUGUUUGCAGGCAGUCCUCAGCUGCUGGGGACAGUGAAGUUGUGUUCAGGUUCGGCGGUGACCAGUUUACCGCUUUACUCAGACAUCAGCCUGCUGAGGAGGACUGAAGAUACUUACCAGGUGUAUGCAAUGAGAUCUGCGGAGGACAUCUACAAGAUUCUGACCGCUCAAAAGACAAACUAUGUGAUUGUUGAAGAGUCGAUUUGUAACGAGCUCAGUCUCAAUAAGGGCUGCAGGAUCAAAGACCUACUCGACAUCUCCAAUGGACAUGUCGUUUAUGACAAAGGAGAGGUCUACUCCUUCUCUAAGCACGGGAGGUUCUGUCACGAGAUAAAGAUGAACUAUUCGCCCUACACAAACUAUUUCACCAGAGUUUUCUGGAACCGCUCGUACCACGUCUACAAAGUGAACUCUGUCAUUUCCUUUCAGUACUGACAGCAGCCUCCUCCUCCUCCCUGCUGAGACUUGACUGAGCCCGUCUCUGCUCUUCUCCACCUCAUACCCACAGAGUAACACAAAGCCACUGCAUCGUUCUUUUGCAGUGUGUCUGUGUGUGCGCGUGCGCUCAGAAAAACGUCAAAUCACUGUUUGCUCUGUAAUCUUAUACGCCGCAGUGCAGAUGGUGAAACUGCUUAUUUGAACCAACGGGGAUUAACUGAGCACAAUGUUUUAAAUCAACAGAAACGGACCCUGUUGUAGUUGAAAUAUGCCAUAUGAAUUACUGCACUGCACUGUAGUUUUAUAAGACAUGGGUUACUGUUACUGUUACUGCGAUGCAUUUAAUGAAGGAGGAGGUUAAUAUGUCUGUCUACUUUGAACGGAGCAGCUGUUUUAGACUCAUUAUUUUUUGAUGACAACUUGUGUCGUUAUCUUGAGACAACAUAUAGGGCUCAUAUUACCUCUGUUGUAAUGAUUUUAGUUAUAUGAAGUUGUCUUUUGAUCCUGACUUAAAUGUCUCUUUACUAUUUGAGAUUCAACUUGGUUUAAUCAAGUCACUCCUGUUGGCCUAAAGAGAUAAAACAUAGCAAAAAUGCAAGAGGAUAAACUAAGUUGUGGUAUUAACCAUAAUGUUAUUAUUACUGCCAUUUGAUAUCCUGAAAUAAUGUAGUAAUCAGGAUCAGGAGAAAAUAGUUUGAUAUUUGGAGAUAUAACUUGCCCUGUAAUUUUAAUCUUAAUUCAAUGAGAAUCUACCACAAACCUGUAGUUUAUAUCAAAAAGAUUAGAUCAUAUUCUGAUCACAAAAACUCUAAAGAUAACCUGAUAAUCAAGACUUAAAUACUGGCAAGCAUAACUGCUCUCGCUCUCUGUCACUUUGUGCUCUUCUUUCUCGACAAAAAUACUUAUGCAGGCCAUAUGUAUGUAUGUGUUGUAUACUUUACAUGUCUGCUGCUUUUAUGCUUAGCUUUUGAUGGGGGGAGAGCGUCUCCUUCUGUGGUGUAAUGUGUUCCGCUAAAGGGAAGUGGGCAGAGGACGCCCACUUGAGUUAAAAGACAGGUUCACGAUUUUUCAAGCAUGUCUUAAAACAACAAUCAGGAGCCCAGAUGAACAUUGAGACAGGUUGAAACCUCCAAAUGCACUUAAAAUAUAAGUGAUGGGAGAUGCAACAAACUAAAAUAGUAUUUAAAAGUUUAUCUAAAGAUAAUUUGAGACUUCACCUUUAGUAUUUUGACGGACAGUGUUUUCCUGUUCUGCUGCACUGAAAAAAACUAAUACUGAGAGAUACUGACUUGAUUUGACUAAUUUGGAUCUUUUGAUGUCUCAUAUUAGCUUCAGAUAAACCUUUAAAUUAAUAUUUGCAUGGAAGGAAGAUUGUGGAUUUUGUCCCACAUCACAUCUCACAUAUAUAUUAUUUUUGGGGUCUACUGCCAGCCAGUGAGUAUAUUUGUUAGCAAGAAGAAGACGAUGUGUCUUAUGUGCUCUGCUUUUGACAUUUUUGCCAUGUCUUUGUUAUGGAGCAGCUCAUGUACAUCACACACUGUGUCACACUGGUGACUUAAAAUGUUGAUCCAACUACGCAGGACGUUAGAAACAAACAUCUGUGAACUUUAAACGUUUAAAACUCAGCUGUGUCCCUUUCAGCCUUAAAGGGAAGCUGAGGCUUGUUCCUAAACGUAUCUCUGUCGCUUUGCCUUCGUGGUUUUCUUCAUCUCGAUGCCUUACGCUGGGAGGUGGGAACUGGCAGGUUUGUCUGAAGGUCCUGACUGUUGCUGCUGCUGCCAUCUCUUUAUUGAUCACCUCUUCAGCUACAUCUAAAGCCUGAUAAUUUCCCGCUCUCCAUUUUGUUACCUGAAGUGUUCGGUGGUAAAUUCCUCCUGGUGCUAUCGUGCAAAGUCUUAUCAAUAACUGUCCUGCUGCAAAAGGCCAUGUAGUGAAUAUUAGGUUUUAAUGAAUUUCUGAUGGAAA